AUGGCAACUAAAAUUAUUUAUUUCACUGUGAAUGGAAGACCAGAACAAGCAGAGUUUCCCAUUGACUGCCCUGCACAAGAUGUUAAAGACCUUUUCCGAGCAGCAGCAGAGGCGGGACCUCAUGACAUCUUAAAGCUUUAUAAUACUAAAGGCAGUAUCAUUAAUAUUUCCCCUCAGCUGGUCCCCAACACUCCUCAAUCCUGCUAUAAACUGGAAGUGGUAGCUGCAGACUGCAACAGUGAGCUACUAGGUGCAGAGCUGGCUGUUGCUCUAGGAUUCGACCUUUCCUCUAUGGAGAAAAGGUUACAAAGCCUGGAAAAAAGAAUUCUCUCUGAAGCAGCAGAGACUCCAUCUAUUGUAUAUGAGAUGAAGAGACAAGUGGAGUCAUUCAGAGAGAAGCUAGAGAGUGUUGAGCACCUGAGCUGGCUGGGACUGUUUAAGGACAUGUCUGAAAGCACCCACAAGCCCUCUCCUUUCUACCAUAAAAGAACCCUACGCAAGGCCCAAGAAGAGUGCGAGCAUGUCAGGGAAAAGUUCAUCCAAAUGAGUUCUCUAGAAGUUUCUGAAGAGGUAAGACAGUAUCUUAAGAAGCCAACGUUUGAUAACUGGCAAUGGGAGGAUGCUGAGUUUAUGGUGCUACUUCAGGUGAUGUACACGGACCUGGAAUUCAUCUCCACCUUCAAUAUUGAGCUAGAUGUGCUGCAGCAGUUUCUGUAUGAGGUGUACAGACGCUACAAUAACAUCCCAUUUCACAACUUCAAGCACUGCUUCUGUGUCACUCAGAUGAUGUAUGGGCUGAUAUGGUUAACAGAUCUCAGGAGCAAGAUCGACAGUAUAGACCUUCUCAUCAUGCUGACCUCAGCCGUGUGUCACGAUCUGGAUCACACUGGCUACAACAAUGCCUACCAGAUUAAUGCACGCACUGAGCUUGCUUUGAGGUACAAUGACAUCUCCCCAUUGGAAAAUCACCACUGUGCUGUAGCCUUUGAAAUCCUUGAAAAGACUGAAAGCAACAUUUUCCGAAACCUGUCAACAGAGCAAUUCAAAAGAAUAAGAGAAGGCAUAAUUAAGUGUAUUCUUGCUACUGAUAUGACCAGACACACUGAGAUCCUCAACAAGUUCAAAACCAUUCUUCCAGUGUUUGACUUCAGCAACAAGGAUCACAGGGAUGUGUUGAUGAUGAUCAUGAUUAAAGUAAGUGACAUCUCCAAUGAGGCGCGACCAAUGGAUGUGGCAGAGCCAUGGUUGGAUUGUCUGUUGCAGGAGUUCUUUAACCAGAGUGACAUGGAGAAGUUGGAGGGUCUCCCUGUCACCCCGUUCAUGGAUCGAGACAAAGUGACCAAACCCUCUUCUCAGACUGGCUUCAUCCGCUUUGUUCUUUUUCCUCUCUUUAUCGAACUGGCCAACCUGUUCCCCUGUCUUGAGCAACAUAUCAUUGACCCAGUGCGGAAAGCCCUGGACUAUUACACAGAGAUGGAAAAGGCUCUGGAAAGGGAGAAACAGAACCGGGCCCAGAGUGAAAAGGUGCACAAGUCCAGUACCUCAAAAGAGCCAGAAGCUCAUUCAGAACCUGUUGGGGCAACAAAGCCAGGCAACCUUUAA